AUGGAUCAUAUCAACGGAAUUUUUAUGGAGAAAUUUGGAUUUCCGGGUGCCAUAGGUUGUAUUGAUGGUACACAUGUGGUUUUAAUCCGUCUUAAGGAGCAUGAGGAAACUUAUUUUAAUAAAAAGAAUUACCAUUCUUUAAAGGUUUUACUAAUUUGUGAUGCUAAACUGACCAUCCUUCAUGUUGAUGCAUCAUUUGGUGGUGCAUCUCAUGAUUCAUAUGUUUGGAAUCAAUGUGCAAUAAAAGCAUUUUUAGAAGGACUAGAAAGAAAUGGAGAGCACUGUUGGCUGUUAGAUGAUUCUGGAUAUGCUCAACGCCCCUGGAUGAUGACUCCAAUCAUAGGUGCAGCUCCGGGAUCGCCAGAAGAGUAUUAUACAAAACUUCAUUGUCGGGUCAGAAAUACUGUAGAGCGAUGUAUUGGAGUACUUAAUGCGGGCUACACACCUUCAGUUUUACUGUACAGUCGAACUGUACAGUUAAAUCGUUAG